GAGUUUCACUAGUUUAAAAAUACACAGAGGAAGCCAGCGAGAGGGCUUGAGAAAGGGGAAGGGGAGGUGGGGAGGCACAUCACUGUUGAUGUCCAGAGCCUCAAGUGGCCACUCGCCUGCUGCCCCAGGGCUCUGCACAGCUCGCCAGGAUGACAGAGGGGCCCAGAAAAGCCAGCAAAAAGUUCAAGUUCUUCAAGUUCAAGGGCUUUGGGAGUCUCUCCAGCCUCUCCCGGUCCUUCACUCUGCGACAUUCCUCAUCCCCCAUAAGCAUCCAAUCCCAUCUGCAGCCUAACACCUUUGAAGCCACGCAAGAUGACAUGGUGACAGUUCCCAAAAGCCCCCCGGCCUAUGCCCGCUCAAGUGACAUGUACAGCCAUAUGGGCACCAUGCCUCGCCCCAACACCAAGAGGGCUCGAGACCAACAGCCUGCCCGGGAAGCUCAAGAGGUGGGUCCUGAGCCCCACCUGGUAUCCCGAGGUCUGCCAGACCCUCCAGGCCUGGAGGCAGUCAAGGAGGUGGUGGUGCAGGCCAAUUCUCCCCUGGAUGACACCCCAGCAGUUAAGCCCAAUCCAUCAGCAGUGGAGAUCGGCCCCACGAGAAAGCCUGAGGACCCUAAAGUAGACAUGGAAGAGGAGAGUGCUCCCAGGGAUGUGCCCUCAGAAAGGGCUGCUGGGGAGCCGGAGGCUGGCGGGGACUACGUGAAGUUCUCUAAGGAGAAGUACAUUCUGGACUCAUCGCCAGAGAAACUACACAAGGAGUUAGAGGAGGAACUCAAACUCAGCAGCACAGAUCUUCGCAGCCAUGCCUGGUACCAUGGCCGCAUUCCCCGUGAGGUCUCCGAGACCCUGGUGCAGCGCAACGGUGACUUCCUCAUCCGGGACUCACUCACCAGUUUGGGUGACUACGUGCUCACGUGCCGCUGGCGCAACCAGGCCUUGCACUUCAAGAUCAACAAGGUGAUAGUGAAGGCGGGUGAGAGCUACACCCACAUCCAGUACCUGUUCGAGCAGGAGAGCUUCGAUCAUGUGCCCGCCCUUGUGCGCUAUCAUGUGGGCAGCCGCAAGGCCGUGUCAGAGCAGAGUGGUGCCAUCAUCUACUGCCCCGUCAACCGCACCUUCCCACUGCGCUACCUUGAGGCCAGCUAUGGCCUGAGCCAGGGCAGUGGCAAGGCUGCCAGCCCUGCCAGCCCCUCGGGCCCGAAGGGCAGCCACAUGAAGCGGCGCAGCAUCACCAUGACCGACGGGCUAACCGCUGACAAGCUCACCCGCGGUGAUGGCUGCCCCACUAGUGCGUCACUGCCCCACCCCCGGGAAUCCAUCCGCAACUGUGCACUCAGCAUGGAUCAGAUCCCAGACCUGCACUCGCCCAUGUCCCCCAUCUCCGAGAGCCCCAGCUCCCCCGCCUACAGCACCGUGACCCGUGUCCAUGCCACCCCUGCGGCCCCCUCUGCCACAGUGCUGCCUGCCUCUCCUGUCACCCGCCGUUCCAGCGAGCCCCAGCUGUGCCCUGGAAGUGCCCCAAAGCCUACUGGGGAGUUGGACAAGGGCCCUCAUGCCAGCCCCUCCCAUAGCCUCUGCAAGGCCUCCCCAUCCCCAUCUCUCAGCAGCUACAGUGACCCGGACUCUGGCCAUUACUGCCAGCUCCAGCCUCCCAUGUGUGGCAGCCGUGAGUGGGCAGCAGCUGAGGCCUCCAGCCGGCAGGCCAGGAGCUACGGGGAGAAGCUAAAGGAACUGUCAGAAAAUGGGGUCUCUGAGGGGGACUGGGGCAGGGCCUUCACAGUCCCCGUUGUGGAAGCCACUUCUUCCUUCAACCCAGCCACCUUCCAGUCACUCCUGAUCCCCAAGGACAACCGGCCGCUGGAGGUGGGCCUCCUGCAGAAAGUCAAGGAGCUGCUGGCAGAGGUGGACGCCCGGACGCUGGCCCGGCAUGUCACCAAGGUUGACUGCCUGGUUGCUAGGAUACUGGGCGUUACCAAGGAGAUGCAGACCCUAAUGGGAGUCCGCUGGGGCAUGGAGCUGCUCACCCUACCCCACGGCCGGCAGCUACGAUUAGACCUGCUGGAAAGGUUCCACACCAUGUCCAUCAUGCUGGCGGUGGACAUCCUGGGCUGCGCCGGCUCCGCUGAGGAGCGGGCGGCGCUGCUGCACAAGACCAUCCAACUGGCGGCCGAGCUGCGGGGGACCAUGGGCAACAUGUUCAGCUUCGCCGCGGUCAUGGGCGCUCUGGACAUGGCUCAGAUCACCCGGCUGGAGCAGACAUGGGUGACCCUGCGGCAGCGACACACAGAGGGCGCCAUCCUGUAUGAGAAGAAGCUCAAGCCAUUUCUCAAGAGCCUCAAUGAAGGCAAAGAAGGCCCGCCGCUGAGCAACACCACGUUUCCUCAUGUGCUGCCACUCAUCACACUGCUGGAGUGUGACUCGGCCCCAGCUGAGGGUCCUGAGCCCUGGGACAACACGGAGCACGGCGUGGAGGUGGUGCUGGCCCAUCUGGAGGCUGCCCGCAUGGUGGCACACCACGGAGGCCUGUACCACACCAAUGCUGAGGUCAAGCUGCAGGGGUUUCAAGCCAGGCCGGAGCUCCUGGAGGUGUUCAGCACGGAGUUCCAGAUGCGCCUCCUCUGGGGCAGCCAGGGUGCCAGCAGCAGCCAGGCCCGACGCUAUGAGAAGUUCGACAAGGUCCUCACUGCCCUGUCCCACAAACUGGAGCCUGCCGUCCGCUCCAGCGAGCUGUGACCUCCAGGGACCUUCCCCCUCUGCAGCUGCGGGCAGCAUCGGGGCAGAGAGGGGCACUGACUUUCACAGCACCCCAGGGACACUGUGAUCAUCCGAGAAUGUUCUGGGUUCAACUCCAGGAUCUCCCUUGCUCCUCCAAGGCCCUGCAUGGAUGCUGGGCUCUGUCCCAUCUGCUACAAGCUCAGCGAGUCUCUCUUCAGGAAGAACCAGAACUCCUGUUCCUCCCACCAGCUUCUGCUUCUCAUCUUCCUGCCGAGGUUCCCUGUUGUUGAGCCAUGGGAGGCUCCUCACACCUCCUCACACCUCCCCAGGCAUCUGCUCCCUCAUCCCACCACCACCACCAAGGCCUCCAUCUUGCUGUAAAUAACUAUCUGUUCUGUAAAUAGAUGUACAGAAGCCAUGGUUUUUCUUUCAUAUAAUAAACUUUUAUGACUCUUU